ACUGAACAACGAGAUGACUUUAAGACAAACCAAUUUUUCUCCCUCACAAGCAGUGGUGGCCAACGAAAUUGUUUUCCAGUGGGAAACUCACAGCAACAAAGCCUUUCGCAUUUUUCAAGAGAUGCGUGCGAAUGAAGAAUUAUGUGACGUGUAUAUUUGCUGCGACGGACGGUGUUUUCCUGCGCACCGUGUAAUUUUGGCGGCAACUUGUCCAUACUUCCGUGAAAAACUGGCGGCCGAACACGACGAAAGUGAAUGCGUAAAGCCCUACGUAGAACUAGAAAUACCAUGGAAUUUUGACAACUUUCUAAUGUUGAAUGCUUUGGAUUUUUUGUAUGAAGGAAAACUGAUUUUGCAAUUGAAUCACAUUAAGGAGUUGUUACAGCUGUUGUACUACUUAAAGAUUGACGAGGCUGUCUUUGCUUGUGAAAGAUUUGCCAUCGAUCACUUGAGAAACCAGAAUUGUGUGGGGUAUCACAAACUAGCGGAGACUCUGGGCCUCGAGCAAUUAAAGCUCAAAACAAUGGAAUAUAUGGAGUGGAACUUCUCACAAAUCGCUAACGAAGAUGAUUUUGUCAAGUUGUCAGCGCAUCAGAUAACUUCCUUACUCGCAAGCAAUAGUCUAAACGUCAGAAAGGAGGACAAAGUGUAUGAAGCGGCGUGGAAAUGGUACAAACAUGAUCCUGAAAAAAGCACAGUUUUGUUGGUGUUCACAACACAGUUAUCUGCUGUUGGUUAUUUAACAAAUGGUCGUGCCGUACGAGAGUCAGGAGUGUGUUCUGAUAGAAACAACAUCUACGUAUUUGGUGGGAAGCCAGACGACUUAUCUGCCCACAAAUUUGAUGUUUGUCGUGGAGUUUGGAGUUCAUUACCUGAAAUGAACAGACCAAGGAGAUGCACUGGUGUGACUAUUUUGGGUCGAAAGAUUUACGUCAUUGGAGGACUUAAUGACGAUGGACCGCUGACUUCGAUGGAAAGCUUUCACAUUCGAUCUCAAAAAUGGAAAUUGCUACCAGACCUUCUAGAGCCUCGUUUCAGUAUGGGUGUGGUAACCUGGGCUGGAAGUAUCUUUGUCUUCGGUGGACGCAGCGACCGACAAAGUUUAGGAAGCAUGGAGGUGUAUCACCCGAAAGAAGAAAAAUGGGUGUUUGCGCCUGCGCAGUUAAACGACAACAGAAGCGAGUUUGGUCAUGUGGUCUACGAAAAUAAGAUAUAUUGUUUUGGUGGGCGUGGAGUGACUUCAAUUGAAUGUUAUGAUUAUUUGAAUGAACAGUGGCGCAUUGUGGGAAGAGUAAGCGACAACACUUAUUCAGUGAAUUGCUUGGUGUAUCCUCCGCUGAGCUGAAUAAAUUGCACAGGAUCACAUUUCAUUUCAGCCGUGACACAUCCCACAAAAUGGUACUUCGUUUCCUGCUUUAGUUCAAACCAAUCUGAGAUUGAGAUUGCAAUCUGAACGAUCUACCUCCGAGCUUGGAUCGUUCAGAUUGCUAGCUCAAUCUGGUUUCAGAAGUUCGCUCCUUUUAGCUGAAUCAGCCUGGAUCCCGAUCAUAUUUACAAGGCACAGGGUCGACACUGCCGAUAUUAGUGGCGGUUCAAGAACUAAAUUUUCACGUCACCUCAGAUUAACUCUUGACCACUGCUUCAUUCUCUCGCACAUCCUUAAGGUUGUGCAUGUUAAACUUGGGUGUUAAGAAUAGGACGAAAAAAGUUGGAAAUUAAUUCGUUUCCAGGCCGUUCGCUGUAAGGAUCGAUAUUUUGUCAGAUUUUUGUUCCGGCUCAGAAGAAAAUCCAAACAAUCCAAGACAAAGUAAACUCUCUAUUGACGCUAAGCUCGGAAAUCAAAUCAAAGCCAUGGUGAGGAAAGGGGAAUGCCACAACUCCUAGCAGAGCUCAUUUCUUGCUUCCCAACUAUGCGUCUCUUUGCUUACGCUCUCAAAUUCCAUUUAGUUUGCGGAAACAUGCUUUUAAGAAGUUCAUUACGGUUCAGGUUCAAAGCUUUAUCUCAGUUCCAGCUUCGCGCUGGUGCUUGACUGGAUGAUAUUAAUGAUAUCAAAUUUAAUAAUAAUAAUAAUAAUAAUAAUAAUGAUAAUAAUAAUAAUAAUAAGAAUAAU